CCGAAAUACGGACGAGCGGCGCCUAUAAAAACAAUUUAAGUGCAGAAUGUGGUGCUGCCGCAACAACUCGUCGUCUACACUAUGGCAAAUUUGCUGCAGGAAAGUUCGACGGCUUUCGACUUCAAUGAUAGGCUGGGCCUAGUCUUCAUCGUAGAGGCGGCAACACUAUCUGUGCUGGCUAUCUCAAGUCUUCUCGCAUACAUUACUUAUAGCGCUGUCACAAUCCGAAUGGGUGCCACACGCAGAUGGUCGACGGACACUCACGUUCAUUAUUAUUUCUUAAAUCUAAUGCUCUUCGACCUCAUCCAAGCAAUCGGGGGGAUGUUCGAUAUCGCGUGGAUUGAUGCCGCGGAAAUAUACCCCGGCACCAUAUGCACCGUGCAAGGUGCCUUCAAACAUGUGGGAAAUACUGGGGCAGCUUUCAGUACGAUUUUUAUUGCCUUGCACACGAUGCAGGUGCUGGUAUUGAGGUGGACGUCCCCUCCAAAAUCAGCGUUAUUUUUCUCAGUCAUCAUAUGGCUAAUCGUUGGCCUGAUGGUCGGAAUCCCGAAUAUAAUUAUUGACGAUUUCUAUGGACCCACUGGGCAUUGGUGCUGGAUUGAACGUAACAACUUCCAACGAAUUGGUCUUCAAUAUAUGUGGAUGUGGCUUGCAGCAUUCAUCACUGUCGUUGUUUACAUCUUCCUUGCUCUUGUGGUCAAACGGAUCAUUAGCAUUGAUGGACACAAGAUUCGAUGGACGUCCCCCGAGAUCCGGAGUGUCACGCCGUCCGAUGGUUCUGAUCCCCGACAACGGGGAGACGAAGGAAACAUCGCGCUACGAAUGCUCUUCUACCCUGCGGUUUACAUUGUCACAGUGUUACCUAUCACUGCUGCCCGCUUCACCCAGUUUCAUACACAAAAAGUCCCCUGGGGAGUGACGGCUUGGGCAGACACCCUUCUUCUCUUGUCGGGAUUCUUCAAUACGAUCCUAUAUACUCUGACGCGCCCAAAGCUCCUUCCACACAGACGUCGGUCGCCCUCGCGGGUUGUUCUAACAUCCAGUGGCUCGAAUCUUGGUAGGACUAACCGGUUUCAAAACCACAAGCACUUUCAUGAUCGUUAUGAUAUGAAAUCUGAAGAAGGAGAGCUCCCUUCCAUGAGUUAUGAACUCGGAGAACCCCGGCGCUCCUCAUCCGAGUUGCGCUUUGCUCACCCUGCGAUAGAUAUCAAGCAAUGAUUGUUUUGUAUUUUUAUGGGACACAGUUCCCGCUACUAUGUUACUCGCGCUGCUUUAUGACAGUGCGUGCACAGAGUCCAGAUUUUAUACUUGUAUUGCAGCACGUUUAAUCCAGCUUUGACACUAUGUAGACAACAUCCUUAAUGUUAUAUUGCAAUUAAAUGUAAAUGUUGUUUGUGGCC